AUGUUUGCACAUUCACAUCUGCCCUUUCAGCCUCUCUUUAUUUGCUCUCUCUCUCCCUAUCUCUUUUUUUCACCUUUUCAUCUUUAUUCUUUCUCUCUGUUUUCCUUUCUUUUUUUGUCUUUCCCUUCUCUUUUAACUCUCUUUCUAUUUUCUGAUAUCUUUCUGUAUAUCUUUCUCUUUUAUCAGUUCUUUUUGUCUCACUCUCUCUUAUCAUCUCAUGUUCUCUUUACUUUUUGUUUCACUCUCUCUUAUCAUCUCAUGUUCUCUUUACUUUUUAUCUCACUCUCUCUUAUCAUCUCAUGUUCUCUUUACUUUUUGUCUCACUCUCUCUUAUCAUCUCAUGUUCUUUUUACUUUUUGUCUCUCUCUCUUAUCAUCUCAUGUUCUCUUUACUUUUUAUCUCUCUCUCUUAUCAUCUCAUGUUCUCUUUACUUUUUGUCUCUCUCUCUUAUCGUCUCAUGUUCUCUUUACUUUUUUAUCUCUCUCUCUUAUCAUCUCAUGUUCUCUUUACUUUUUGUUUCUCUCUCUCUUAUCAUCUCAUGUUUCUCUUUACUUUUUGUUUCCUCUCUCUUAUCAUCUCAUGUUCUCUUUACUUUUUAUCUCCUCUCUCUUAUCAUCUCAUGUUCUCUUUACUUUUUGUCUCACUCUCUCUUAUCAUCUCAUGUUCUUUUUACUUUUUGUCUCACUCUCUCUUAUCAUCUCAUGUUCUCUUUACUUUUUAUCUCACUCUCUCUUAUCAUCUCAUGUUCUCUUUACUUUUUGUUUCACUCUCUCUUAUCAUCUCAUGUUCUCUUUACUUUUUAUCUCACUCUCUCUUAUCAUCUCAUGUUCUCUUUACUUUUUAUCUCACUCUCUCUUAUCAUCUCAUGUUCUCUUUACUUUUUGUUUCACUCUCUCUUAUCAUCUCAGGUUCUCUUUACUUUUUGUCUCACUCUCUCUUAUCAUCUCAUGUUCUCUUUACUUUUUGUUUCACUCUCUCUUAUCGUCUCAUGUUCUCUUUACUUUUUGUUUCACUCUCUCUUAUCGUCUCAUGUUCUCUUUACUUUUUAUCUCACUCUCUCUUAUCAUCUCAUGUUCUCUUUACUUUUUAUCUAACUCUCUCUUAUCAUCUCAUGUUCUCUUUACUUUUUAUCUCACUCUCUCUUAUCAUCUCAUGUUCUCUUUACUUUUUGUUUCACUCUCUCUUAUCGUCUCAUGUUCUCUUUACUUUUUAUCUCACUCUCUCUUAUCAUCUCAUGUUCUCUUUACUUUUUGUUUCACUCUCUCUUAUCAUCUCAUGUUCUCUUUACUUUUUUAUCUCACUCUCUCUUAUCAUCUUUUUCUCUUUUACUUUUAUCUCUCUCUUAUCAUCUCAUGUUUUUUACUUUUUAUCUCACUCUCUCUUAUCAUCUCAUGUUCUCUUUACUUUUUGUUUCCUCUCUCUUAUCAUCUCAUGUUCUCUUUUUUACUUUUGUUUCACUCUCUUAUCGUCUUGUUCUCUUUACUUUUUUGUCUCACUCUCUCUUAUCGUCUCAUGUUCUCUUUACUUUUUGUUUCACUCUCUUAUCGUCUCAUGUUCUCUUUACUUUUUAUCUCACUCUCUCUUAUCAUCUCAUGUUCUCUUUACUUUUUAUCUCACUCUCUCUUAUCAUCUCAUGUUCUCUUUACUUUUUAUCUCACUCUCUCUUAUCAUCUCACUCUCUCUUAUCAUCUCAGGUUCUCUUUACUUUUUGUCUCACUCUCUCUUAUCAUCUCAGGUUCUCUUUACUUUUUGUCUCACUCUCUCUUAUCAUAUCAGGUUCUCUUUACUUUUUGUCUCACUCUCAUUUCUAUUUCAUUUUGUCUUUUUUCUCUGUCAUUUUAUCUCUCAACAAUUCCUUUUUCUCUCUCUCCCAUUUUUUCUCUUUCUCUCUUUUUGUCUCUCUCUUCCAUCUCUUUUUGUCUCCCUCUCUCUCAUUCAUCUUUUUUGAUUCCCUCUCCUUCUUCCUACCACUCUUGUCUCUCUCUUUCUUUCAUCUCUUUUUGUCUCCCUCUUUCUCUUUCAUCUCUUUUUGUCUCCCUCUUUCUCUUUCAUCUCUUUUUGUCUCCCUCUUUCUCUUUCAUCUUUUUGUCUCCCUCUCUCUCUCUUUCAUCUUUUUGUCUCCCUCUCUCUCUUUUUCAUCUCUUUUUGUCUCCCUCUCUUUCUUUCAUCUCUUUUUGUCUCCCUCUCUUUCUUUCAUCUCUUUUUGUCUCCCGCUCUUUCUUUCAUCUUUUUGUCUCCUCUCUCUUUCUUUCAUCUCUUUUUGUCUCCUCUCUUUCAUCUUUUUGUCUCCUCUCUCUUUCUUUCAUCUCUUUUUGUCUCCCUCUCUCUCUUUUUCAUCUCUUUUUGUCUCCCUCUCUCUCUUUUUCAUCUCUUUUGUCUCCCUCUCUCUGUCUCUUUUUCAUCUUUUUGUUUCCCUAUCUCUCUCUCUCAUCUCUUUUUUCUCCCUUGCUUUCUUUUGUCUCUUUUUUGAUUCCCUCUCCCUCUUCCAAUCACUCUUGUUUCCCUCUCUCACUUUCUUCACCAAUUUUGUCUCCUUAUCUCUUUUCAUGUUUGUUUCCCUCACUCUUUUGUUUCUUUCUCUCUCUCUCUCUCUCCACUCUCUCUUUUUAUCUGACUCUCUUUUUUUACCCCCCCUUUUCUGAACUCUCUCUCUUUCAUUUCAUCCUUUCUGUUACUUUCUGCCCAUCUCUUUUUGGCUAUCUCACUUUCUCUUUCUCUACCUUCCAUCGUCUCUUCCUUCACUGUAUAUCCAUUGUUACUCCCUCGUUCUUUAUCCCACCCUGCAAUCUACCUCCCGCCCACUCUACAUGA